AUGGUGCAAGACUCUUCCUGGAAUAGCGAUGAUGAUUUGGAUUUUGAGAUCGACAACUUUCAGUCAUCUCCACCAUCAUCAUCAUCUCAUGUAGACACUUCUUCAGACCACAUGUUUGCUAAGCUUGUUGACAUGGGAUAUUCAGUUGACGUGAUUGCUAGAGCAAUAGAGGAAAAUGGGCCAAAUGCUGAAACUUGCGCCAUUAUUGACACUAUCUCCACGUACUCGAUGAACUGUGAAGCUAGCUCUUCCAAGACUAACACUGUUGCUCAUUUUAUUGCCAUGGGAUUUCAUGAGGAAAAGAUCAUCAAAGCCAUACAUGAACAUGGAGAAGAAAACAUGGAGCAAAUAGCGAAUGCACUCCUCCUCUCUUCUGAAGUAAGUGGUGAUAUGGCAGAGGAAGAGGACAUUGACUGGUCAGAAAGUGAUGAUGACGAUGAGAAAGAUCCAGAGUCAUUUGAUAGCUGCACUCAAUUGAGGCAUAUGGGUUUCUCCGCGCUGGAAGCUUCUCUAGCUGUACAGAGAUGUGGAGACGAUGUGAGCAUUGCAGACCUCGCAGACUUCAUUUGUGCCGCUCAGAUAGCUCGAGAAUUUGAUGAAUUUCACACUGACCCUGAAGAACAAAAGCCAAGACAGAACAUAAACAAAAGGAGGAUAGUGCCAAGGAGAGAUCCUAUCACAUCUGCUAAUGCACAGCCACUUAGCCUACCAAACCCGAUGGUAGGUUUUGGGAUUCCAAAUGAGUCAGUGUUCAUCACACACAGAUCUCUCCCAGCAAUAGCUCGUGGCCCUCCGUAUUUCUAUUACGAAAACAUUGCCAAUGCACCUGUAGGCGUUUGGGAGACGAUCUCCAGGCAUUUGUAUGACGUUACACCGGAAUUUGUUGACUCAAAGUUCUUCUGCGCUGCAGCGAGGAAGAGAGGCUAUGUGCACAACCUCCCCAUCAGCAACAGAUUCCAGAUUCAGCCUGCUCCAAAACUAACAAUUCAAGAGGCGCUUCCGGCUACUAGGAGAUGGUGGCCAAAAUGGGAUCCGAGGACUCAACUGAACUGCAUACUUACCGUUCAUGCUAGUGCUCAGUUAACAAAGUGGAUCCGCUCAGCCCUUGAGGCUCAUCCUGGUGAACCGCCUGAGGCGACAAAAAGGAAGGUCAUUGAGCAGUGUAGGAGGUGGAAUCUUGUAUGGGUGGGAAAAAACAAAGCUGCUCCACUCGAUGCAGAUGAGAUUGAGUCUCUUCUUGGGUUUCCAAGAAACCAUACAAGAGGUGGUGGCAUUAGUAUGACUCAACGUUUGAAGUCACUUGGCAAUUCUUUUCAGGUUGAUACGGUGGCGUAUCAUCUCUCUGUGCUUAAACCCUUGUUUCCUGAUGGUAUCAAUGUUCUCUCGCUGUUCACUGGUAUCGGUGGUGGAGAGGUGGCGCUCCACCGACUCCAAAUCCCGAUGAGAACAGUUGUCUCCGUGGAGAUUUCGGAAGUAAACAGAAACAUCUUGAGAGACUUUUGGGAGCAAACUAACCAGAGAGGAAGGUUGAUAGAGUUUGAAGACGUUCAAGAGCUAACUAACGAGAAGAUUGUGGAGUUGAUGAAGCGGGUUGGUGGGUUUGAUCUCGUGAUUGGAGGUAGUCCGUGCAACAACCUUGCUGGUGGUAACAGAGUGAGCAGGAGUGGUCUUGAAGGUGAACAGUCUUCUUUGUUCUUUGAGUAUUGCAGGAUUUUGGAGGUGGUUCGUGAGACAACAAUGGAGAUGAGAAGAUCUUGAUGGUUUUGUCUUAAACUUUAUAUUUUCGUAACGCAGUGUCAUCUCUUAUUAACGUAAGUUUGUGUUAGAAAAAAAGUAGCAGUGACUUGUUUAUUUAGGCAGUAAUAUGUUAUGAACUAGGUUGUGGCGUUUAAAAUAUAAUGUGGUCGGUGAUGAUCAGAUAUUGAUGGGCUAUUUUC